UUCAUCAGGUCCACAGCACUGGGCAUGAAAACACAAGUGAAAGUAGCUGGUAGACUAUAACUUUAAUAUAACUUUUAGUAUUUAUAUAUAAUAUUUAAACAUAUUAUUCAGCAGCUGUUUGUCUCCGUGGGUCUAUAAAACAAACAGAAACAUGUUUAUCUCUUCAGAAAACUCUCCGCCUGUCUUCAAAGGUUUCACCCUCGUCAUGCCGGCGGUGGCUGUCGGUAACGUGGGCCAACUGGCGGUGGACCUCGUCGUGUCCACUCUCAACAUGAGCAGAGUGGGCUACCUGCACACAGACUGUCUCAUCCCCAUGGCUGGGAACAACCCGUACCCCACCUGCAAAGAAGACGCUGAGGAGCUGCACACUGCUGCAGAAGUUUACUCGUCAGCAGAGCUGAAACUGGCAGUUCUUCAGAUCAGGGCGCCGAUUCUUCAGACUAAAUCCAAAAAGUUCCGUCAGCUGAUCGUUUCCUGGGUCAAAUCCAGCGGGUUCUCCAGGACCGUCGUUCUGUCCAGCAGUCACGCCUACCAGAGGGAUGACCAACAGCUGCAAGGCACCCCUCUGAGGUACCUGGUGACGCCGGCUCUGCAGAAGGUGAGCGAAGAUGCGCUGAAGGAGCUCGGCUGGAGGGAGAUGGAGCGAGUGUCAGCCUUCCCGGGAAUAACAGACGGCAACACCGAGCCACGACUCUACAUCCCCGGAGGAGGCAUCACCAAAGGACUCUACACAGACAGUUGUACGGAGGACGUCCCGCUGGCUGUGCUGUUGAUCUUCUGUUCAGAGGGCGACAACAUCCCAGACGCCUUCGCCCUCGUCAAUCACCUGAACGACUGGCUUCACCUGCUGGACAGUCCUAGCCAACAACCUAACAAAUGGAAGAUCCCGACUUCCUGGAGUCUUCUAUUCGGGAGCGGCAUCCCUCCAGCCCUCUUCUGAAUCUCACAUUUGUAGUUUUUUCCAUUUUCAGUUUAUAAUUGGCUUGUUGGGUCAAAGCUCUGAAAUGUCUGCUUUAUUUUACAGGUGCUUUCCUUUUUAUAUUACUUUCCUGGAAAUGUUUUGAGUAAUUUGUAGGUGUUAAAUGGUUAAACUUACAUUUUAGGUUUUUUUUAGGAAAUGAUUGAGAAAAAAACCUGAUAUGCUAAAUUUGACACAUAAAACUAAAUAUUUACGAACAGUUAAGAUGAUUUGCAAAUUCACAACUACAUUCCAAUCCAAAUAUAUUGAGUGGGUACAAAUAAACCAACUUAAGACUUUUUUCUUUCUUUUUUUUCUUUGCACCACCCACACAUUACUCAGAAAGCAUCCAGGAAAUUAGUUUUAAACUAAGGGACCUGUAAAAUAAAGAGUUUCCUUUCACACUUUGCAUUUUUCCCAUGUCGUUGUUGUUUGAGGCCGUUGUGAAGGUGUGACUGUGACUUACAUCUUGUCAGUUUAACAACAGCUUUGCUUUGUUUACCGAAGCUCAUAAGCCGACAGUAAUGCAGUAUGUUUAGUUUAACUGUCUCGAUUACAAGUCUGUUCCUGAGACACGGUUGUAAACUGACCCUUUAGACAACCGUCUUUAUUUUGAACCUCUAGUUGUAUAAAUAUUACAUCAUGUACAGGAAUUGCCCCACACGUGCACUUCCCAGUAAUACAACAUUGUGAAUGUUGUGUUUUUUUUUUUAAUUAAAGAUUGUGACAUCAGUGUGGAUUUAUCUAGACUGAUAAAGGCUUUGAUUGUGUUAUACUCAUGGCGGGAUCCCAGCCUCCGCCUGUCUAACUGAAAGUGGUUGGCGUAGC